AUGCCUAUCUGUGGAAUCACAUCCCUUCUACCUAACGAGAUCAUCCGCGAAGUCAUCAACAACCUAUCCUCUUUAGAGAAUAAUACCCAGAUACCUACCUUGGCUUCAUGCUGCCUUGUCUCCAGAGCUUUCAGAGAAAUGACCAUACCAUUACUUUACAGACACAUCGAUUUGACUUGCGAAGACGAUACCUCGAGAAAUGAUCAUUAUGGUCGUCGAAAAGCAUAUGGACAUGAGGGUCGCAAUUCCGUCCCAGCCUUUCAUCAACCUCAUUUCAUACCUCAACAGAUGGGAUAUCUUCGAAAGUACACCAAAUCUCUUACUAUCAACUAUCACCCCCAUUCCCGAUGUUCUUCCCAUCCCUCAUUCGACAUACUCGACCUACCGAACUUGAUCACCCUCCAGAUGGAUCUCGGUCUCAAUCAUCGACCGAACUAUCUCCAGCGAUUUCAUACAGGCCAUUUACCCAAUACUCAAUCUACGUCAAACCUUGUCCAUUAUUUGCCAGACUCAAGCCUGAGAUUAUAA